AUGGCUCAACAACGGCUCGCUUACGCCGGAAUCGGCGCGUUGUCCGCUGUUUAUGCUGUCUCCCAGAGUUUAUACACAGUUGAGGGCGGUCACCGAGCGGUGUUGUUCUCCCGACUGGGCGGAGUCCAAAACCAAAUCCAAGGGGAAGGAAUGCACGUCCGAGUGCCCUGGCUGCAGUGGCCCUUGAUCUACGACAUCCGUUCUAGAGCCUAUAAAGUCGUCUCGCCCUCCGGAACCGCCGAUUUGCAAAUGGUCGACAUUGGCCUCCGAGUCCUCUACAGACCCAAUCCCGGAAAGAUUCCCGAAAUGGCGCAACAGAUCGGCGAGGACUUCUCUGACAAAAUUCUUCCAUCUAUUAUUCACGAAACUUUAAAAUCGGUCAUUGCUGAGUUUAGUGCCCAAUCGCUUCUCACAGAGCGAGAAAAGGUUUCAAUUCGAAUUCGAAACGAUUUGGAAGAGCGCGCCCGUGAUUUUCACAUUAUUCUUGACGACGUUGCUAUUACUGACACCCAGUUUAGUCCUCUUUUCACACAAUCGAUUGAAAAUAAACAAAUCGCUCAACAGCAAGCUUUCCAGGCCAGAUUCGUCGUCCAGCAAGCGUCUGAAGAAAAGAAGCAGAAGAUUAUCAACGCUCAGGGAGAAGCAGAAUCCGCAACUCUUAUUGGUGAAGCAUUGAAAAAGAACCCCGCUUAUUUGAAGCUUCAAAGAAUUGAAAUCGGAAAGCGCAUCUCAAAAUAUAUCGCUCAGAGCCCGAAUAAGGUUAUGCUUGGUACUGAUAAUCUCCUCCUUGAUGUCAAAGGAGUCGACUAUCUUUCAAGAAAGUAA